CUCUCUCUCUACUUACAUUUUAUAGGGAAGCGGCAAUAACGGCAUAUUCGACAUCCUCUCUCUCUCUCUCUCCCUCGGCUUGCUUUCUCAGUUUCCCCCUCUCUAUCUUAGCUGUGGAGUUUUUCUAGGAGAGAAAUCCUCAAAUUUUAUCCGCCGCGUUGAAUCUCUGCAGCUCUUCUCUUCAAGAUUUUUGAAGAUCUGAACUCCCGAUUCUCGCUCUCUUCUCUCUGUUUCUCUUUCUUCCCCGUUCGCUCUCUGAUUACAAGAUUUUUCUUUUUUAUUUUCGUCGGUACGUCUUUGAUGCGGUUCGGUGGUAAAUUAAUUGCUGAUUCAUGAGGGUUUUCCUGAGAGUUUAAAGAGCAUUGCGGGGUUUUUAGGGUUCUUUGUGUUUUUUCAGUGUGGUGGGAAGGAGAUAAUGGUAGUGAAAAUGAUGCGUUGGCGGCCUUGGCCGCCUCCGGUGACGAAGAAGUAUGAGGUUAGGCUGGUGGUGAGGAGGUUGGAGGGGUGCGAUUGGGUGCGUGGAGGUGCAGGGAAGGGGCUUGAGGAGGAGGUGGUGGCGGCCUCGCCAUCGGGUGAGGGGAGAUUGGCGGUGGAGAUCAGGUGGAAGGGUCCCAAGAUCGCCUUGAGCUCGCUGAGGCGGACGGUGAGGAGGAACUUCACCAGAGAGGAAGGGCUUGGUUCAGACGGCGUCGUUCAGUGGGACGAGGAGUUUCAUAGCGUCUGCAAUCUUUCAGCUUACAAGGACAAUGCUUUCCUUCCCUGGGAGGUCGCAUUUACUGUGUUUGAUGGCUUCAGACGAGGGCCUAAGACAAAGGUCCCUGCAAUUGGAACAGCAUUGUUGAACCUUGCUGAAUUUGCUUGCACAGCUGAUGACAAAGAGUUUGAAGUAAUUCUUCCUCUUGUUUUGCCAGGCGGCACCGCUGAGCCUCGUCCUUCUCUUUAUAUAUCAUUCAACUUAUUCGAAUUGCGAACUGGUCUAGAGUCUGCAGAAUCAGUACAGAGAUCCAUAGUGCCUUUUCCAUGUCCUCCAGAGUCUGGAGAAACCCAGUCGACAGAGAAAGAUGAGCUUUCUGCAAUUAAAGCUGGUCUCAGAAAAGUGAAAAUUUUUACAGAAUAUGUCUCCACCAGAAGAGAAAAAAAGGCCUGCCACGAGGAAGAGGGUAGUGAGGGCAGGUGCUCUGCCAGGAGUGAGGAUGGUGAGUAUGCCUACCCAUUUGACUCGGAUUCACUUGAAGAUUUUGAGGAAGGAGAAUCAGAUGAUGGUAAGGAGGAUUCUACUGUUAGGAAGUCAUUCAGUUAUGGCACAUUGGCCUAUGCCAAUUGUGCUGGAGGAUCAUUGUAUUCCAAUGCGAGGAUUAAUGAUGAAGAUGAGGACUGGGUUUACUACAGCAACCGCAAAUCAGAUGUGGGAUGUGUACAUGUUGAGGAUUCAAAUGCAUCAGUCUCUGAGCCGUCCCUAUUGCAGAGUUCAAAGCGUAGCAUUCUGUCUUGGAGGAAGCGGAAGUUGAGCUUCAGAUCCCCAAAAGCUAAAGGGGAGCCACUGCUAAAGAAGGCCUAUGGCGAAGAAGGUGGGGACGACAUUGAUUUUGAUCGCCGACAGCUAAGCCCAGAUGAAUCUCUUACUUUUGGGUGGCAUAGGAAUGAUGAGGAUUCAAGUGCACAUCGAUCAUCAGUGUCUGAGUUUGGGGAUGACAAUUUUGCUAUAGGCAGUUGGGAGCUGAAAGAAGUAGUAAGCCGUGAUGGACACAUGAAGCUUCAAACAAAAGUCUUUUUUGCUUCCAUUGAUCAGCGGAGUGAGCGAGCAGCAGGUGAAAGUGCAUGCACUGCUCUAGUUGCUGUCAUUGCUGAUUGGUUCCAAGCCAACCGUGAAGUCUUGCCCAUUAAGUCCCAGUUUGAUAGUUUGAUCAGAGAAGGCUCAUUAGAAUGGAGGAAUCUCUGCGAGAAUGAAACUUACAUGGUACGAUUUCCUGACAAGCAUUUUGAUCUCGAAACUGUUCUCCAGGCCAAAAUACGCCCUCUUUCUGUUGUUCCCAGAAAGUCCUUUAUUGGAUUUUUCCAUCCAGAGGGGAUGGAUGAAGGCAGAUUUGACUUCUUGCAUGGUGCUAUGUCAUUUGACAGCAUUUGGGAUGAAAUUAGCCACGCAGGAUCAGAAUUACCUGGUGACAUUGAACCUCAGGUUUACAUUGUCAGUUGGAAUGACCAUUUUUUUGUCCUCAAGGUUGAACCAGAGGCUUACUACAUUAUUGACACAUUGGGAGAGAGGCUCUAUGAGGGAUGCAACCAGGCCUAUAUCUUGAAAUUUGAUAGGAAUACAACAAUUUCAAAACUACCAAUUGUUGCUCAAUCGGCAGAUGAAAGGCCAGCUAUUGACCAACAGAACAUGGCUGCCAUGGAACCCAAGAGUCUGCAGAUGCAGCAGAUCAACCCUAAGGAGGGCUCAGUGGGAGCGCUUGUAGGAGCGAAGGUAGAGGAAUCAGCCAAGAGUGAAGAGGAAGAGGAGGUUGUGUGUCAAGGCAAGGAGGCUUGCAAGGAGUACAUAAAGAGCUUUCUGGCUGCAAUUCCAAUUAGGGAAUUGCAGGCAGAUAUUAGAAAAGGUUUAUUGACCUCAACACCUCUUCAUCACAGACUACAGAUUGAAUUCCACUAUACUCAGUUUUUACCUCCUCUCCUAGAGACUCUGACAACGGAAGUGACCGCAGCGACACCACAAAUGGCUGAAGUUGCAAUGACAAAUGUACCUACAGACUUGCUGUAAAUUGUAGGAAGUGUGAUUAUUCUAACUUCUUAUUUUCUUUAUUGUUAUGUUAUGUGUGAAUGGGUUUUAAAAAAUGAGCCCAUCUUGAGCAUUAUGAGUGGUUUGUGAGGAAGUUUGUGCCUUUUCUUUUAUGCUUGGUCUGGAAAUGGAACUCUCUCCUUCAUACUCCAUGCUUGGAGCUUGUGUCUUGCGUCCCUGUCCGUGUCUGUGUCCGUGUCUGUGUCGUGUCUUUGCUUACCCUUACCUAUGAGCUUCAGCUCCCUUUUAUUUUGCGUGUCUUGAAAAGGGAUAUAGUUUGUACAUGACCGCAUAUAAUUCCUCUUUCUUGGGCUGAAUGAGCCUUCUAACUUUUACCUUCUGAUUCUCUGUUUC